AUGACUCUCCUAAAUCAAUUAACUGGAAGCACACAAAAUGUUCAUAGGCAACAAUCAAAUAACAAAGAAAGGUACAAAUAUCACUUUCCGUUCCUUGAAAUUAAUGGCAUUGUAGCUGUGGAUGAUAACCGUGUGGGGCCACUUUACAAGCAUAUUUUUCCUCCAGCUUUAGCGCCAUGGCUUUCAUUCGUUGGGUUGCCGUGGAAGGUUGUACCUUUCCCCUUGUUUGAAUUUCAGAGCAAGUGGAUAGCUGGUACUCUGUGUGGUCGGCUUUCACUUCCUUCUCCCAAGGAGAUGAUGGCUGAUAUUCAAGCUUUCUACUCAUCAAUGGAAGCAUCUGGCACUCCAAAGCGGUAUACUCAUAACAUGGCUGGUUAUCAGUUCGAAUAUGACGAUUGGUUGGCUGCUCAGUGUGGUUGUCUGCCGACUGAAGAAUGGAGAAAGCAGAUGUAUGUUGAAACUUCCAUGAGAAAGAGGUCUCAGCCUGAGACAUACAGAGACCAGUGGGAAGAUGAACACUUGGUCAGACAGGCACAAGCUGAUUUUUCACAGUACUUUUCAAAAGUUCCCAGUAGCUAGAUAUCAAAAUCACCCUUCUAAUUGGUUGAUUUGUUGAUGGGGUUUGUUUAUUGUUUAAUCCUUGAUUUUCUCAAAAUCAUAUAGACUGGUGAAUA